AUGAAUUUUUGCCUUAAAAAUUACUUUAGUAGUAUCAAACAUUAUCGAAAAAAGCUAUAUCAAUUUUGUGAUGAAAAAGAGUAUAUAUAUAAAUUAACACAUGAAUAUAUUUACAAGCAUAUUGAAUUAAUAAAAUAUAAUAAAGAUAUAUUAAAUGAAAAAGAAAAUGAAUCUUAUAUAUAUAUAAAAAAUAAUAUUAAUGUAAAUAAAUAUGUUGGAAAAAUAAUAAAUCAUUUGAAAGUUAAUAAAGGAAAUUCAGGUCUUAUAUAUUUCUUACCAACAAUUGUCGAUAUAUAUUUCUUUAAUUAUUUCCAAUUAAAUUAUAAAUAUAAAUUACUUUUUUUAUAUAACAUUCUGAAUAUUAAUAAGGUAAAAUGUUUUGUUUCUACUAACGAAAGUAGUAUAGAAGAAAGAAAAAAAAAAUUCUUAAAUAAUUUUUGUAAAAUAUUAUUAUAUAAUGAUAUUUAUUCCUAUAUUAAUCAAGUCCACAUAAUUUAUAUAAAAAAAUAUGUUCAAGAAGAAAAACAAAAAGGAAACACAAAAGAACAACAAAAAGACAAAUCAUACAAUUUUUUAUAUCAAAAUGAAGAUAAAUAUAGAGAUUAUCAAAAUAAUAAUAUAAUUCCAUUUUAUAAAAAAAACAUAUUAGUUCAUUUAUUAUCUCAUAUACACAAUGCUAAGGAUUUAUGUAUUUUCUUGUUUAUAGUAAGGAAUAUAAAUGCUAUUCAUUCAUUUUCUUAUGGAAAAUUAUUAGACAAGGUAUUGAAGAAUAUAUAUUUAUUUAUUAUAAAUGGAAAUAUAUUAAGUGAUACACAUAUAAAUAAUUAUAAUUAUCAUCAUAUAGAUACACAUAAAAUUGCAUCUUAUAAUCAUCAAAAUAAUAAUACACAUGACUAUUAUUAUGUUGACAAUAAUUUGGUGUAUCAUAUAAAUUCUUUAAAAAUGAGAGAUAUUAUAUACAUCUUUUAUCAACUGCUUUAUUUGAAAAAUAGAGAUAAAUACAUAUUUAUUUUUAUUAAAAUUUUAAACAUAAUAAAUAAAAUUUUUUUUUAUAUAAAUAAAACAAUAGAUAAUAUUAUAUACACAAAAUAUGUAUUAGAUAUAUUACAUAUGUUAUACUUAUCAAAUACAGAUAUAGAACAAUUACUUUUUCUAGUUAAUCAAAAUAUAUAUAUUCAACAAUUUUUUAUUCCUUUAAUUUUAACACACUUUUAUUUUAAAGCAUUUUCUGAACAUAAUAAUUUUAUCACUCUUAUUUAUUUUAAUAAAUUAUUUAAAAAAAAUUAUCUAUACAAAAAUAAUAUAUUAUUACCAAUAGAUAUAGUACCUCUUCAAAGUAUUAUAUCAUUUUUUAAAAAUUUUAAAAAAGUAGAAACUCAAAAUUAUUUCAAUACCUUUUAUCAAAUGUUGUGUAUUAAGUUUUUAUUAAAAAGGGGGGCAGAAAAAAAAAUACAAAAAAAAAAACAUGAUUAUGAUGAUAAUCAAAAUAUAAAAUAUUUAUAUAAUUAUAUAGAUGGUUUUUAUCAUCCACUUAAUAUUAACUAUUAUAUAUUCUAUAAAUAUAUUAUAAACAAAUUAAUAAAUCAUUCUUUUAAUUUAUAUGUAUCAAAAGUAGAGGGAAAAAAUAAAUGUCUAAAAGAAAGUAUAAAUUAUCUAUUUGGAAAAUAUCAAGACAAUUAUAUUUAUGAAUUUACCAAAUCAAAAUAUUUUUAUUAUAUAUACCUUAAAGAGGUCAUAAAAAGAACAACGAAAAAAAAAAAAAUAAAUAAAAUAAAAUAA